AUGAAAAUUAAUAAUUCGCUGGUCGUCAUUGAUCGUGGCAAUUGUUCGUUCGCUACAAAAGCACUGCGAGCUCAAGCCGCUGGAGCUUCCGGAGUGAUUAUUCGAGGCACGAAAAAAGCGGUUUUUGAAGCCAUCGCGUGUCGAAAUGACUCCGAUUUAUGUGGUGAGAGGAUGGUGUCGAUUAGAGAGAAGACUAUGGGGAACCAUUUGGCUGUUAAUGGUUCAGGUAGUGCAAGGCUCGACAAGCCCGUGUUUGAGUACGACUGCAGUCACGGUCAAGCUUUUGUGGAUAAACUGGCCACUCCAGUGUGGCGCACAGACUCUAAGAAGUGUAGUAGCAAUUUGAAGUGCAAGUCGAGGUCGUGUGUACUGACGGGGCACUCGACGUUCGGACAUGUAAGUGGCACGAAACAUCAGGUAUGCUGCAUGUGGGACACAUUUGUACUCAUGGGAACGACGAAUAAGACGAUGGCAAAAGCGUUAACCAUUCCAGUAGUUUACGUGACAAUUUCUGAUGGACAGAAACUGCAGAGGGUGAUGGAUAGAUAUUCCACGUUGUCACUCGUGGCACGCACUUAUCGACGGGAACUGCCAAUAAUCGACGUGUCUUCGAUGCUGUUGUGGGCGCUAGGCGUGGCGACCGCGAUCGGAGCAGCGUGUUAUUCUGCGAGGGUGGUACCGAUGUAUGAUGACAGUGGAGUACUUUGUGGGCAAGAGAACCGGCACAUUGAGCAGGAAGUUUCCGAGGAGGAAGACCGUGGGAUAUGGGAACUUGACGUCAGACAUGCAGUGGGUUUUAUCGUCCUGGCUGGAGUUAUCUUGACGGUGUUGUAUUUUGUAAAUGUUGCUGCUGCUAUCCCUGUGCUUUUUGCAGUAUCUGCUGCAGCCUCGAUGACGCAAGUAGUAGCAACGCCCGCAUUAGAAAAGUGGAUGCCGGAAUUGGCUGCUCGUAAGAUUACGCUACCUCACUUUAUCGGCGAUACUGCUCGCUUAUCUGAGCUUCUCGGACUCCUGCCGAGCUGUACCCUUGCUAUUGUGUGGUAUCUGCACCGACGUGACUACUGGAUCUUGCAGGAUAUCAUGGGCAUCUGCCUUUGCUUCGUUUUUCUGCGAUCGGUACAGUUGCCGAAUCUCAAAGUGGCUACGGUGUUCCUUACGCUUGGAUUCUUCUACGACGUGUUUUUCGUAUUCCUGUCGCCCAUUUUUUUUGGCUCGAGCGUCAUGGAAGAUGUGGCCACUGGUGGACCAGCCGCGUACACGAAAAGCGGCUACCCUGGCAUUGACUACUGCGAGCGAUACCCGCAGUAUCAGGCUUGUGUCGAUCCUGAGCCGAUGCCAAUGCUUCUUGUGAUGCCGCGGAUGCUAAAUUGGGCCGGCGGUGUCAGCAUGCUUGGUCUUGGCGACAUUGUUUUGCCAGGCAUGCUUCUUUCGCUUGCGCUGCGAUUCGAUGACGCUCAGGGUACUACGAACUACUUCCGUCUUAUGGGCGUCGGCUAUGCUGUCGGCCUCGCGCUCGCCAAUCUGGCUGUGACAAUCACGCAAAUGGGCCAACCAGCACUAAUGUACCUCGUGCCCACGACUUUGGGCACUCUCAUUGUCGCGUCAAAGCGGAAUGGAGAUUUUAACGACAUGUGGACCGGUGUUGGUGUUGAUGAGACGAGACGAAGUGGCCAAGGCUCUGGGUACCGAGCUGUCGGGUCGGAAGAAGGAUAUACAGGAUCCACGGUUGUAGAUACGAGAGACGCGACCAGCAGUUUGAGUGACGGAGACCACGUACCCUUGCUACGAUCACUGAGCUCAUAG